CUGUACGACCACCUCUGACAUUGAAGAGCAAGAAAUUUGUUUUCACUGUUGGUACCGACACUCGUUAUUCUUCUGGAGCUUUUCGUUUCCAAGCAUGCAUUUCAAUUAUGUUGUUUGGGAAGUUAGUUUAAUCGGGUCAAAGCAUGAAAGAUUCAGAUACGGUAGCAGGAAAUGUUCACACAUAACCCAUCGAGCCUCACGGUGCAGCAGCACAUAUUGCUGCCUGGGUCUUACAAAUUCCGCUAUUGAGCUCUUGCAAUCCAAGGUAACCAUUUUAAGGGAGGAACCCUACAUAUCUGGAAUUGAACUCUUGCCAUCCAAACUCAACAUGCAGUUGCCUCCAGAAGUUAGCCGGGGAUUGUUAGUGGCCGAUUUGGACCCUGCCUCAGCUAAACUGGCAAUUGGUAUUUUAGGGCCCUUUCUAUCGGCAUUUGCCUUUCUAUUUAUAAUCAGAAUAGUGAUGUCUUGGUACCCUAAGCUUCCGGUGGAUAAAUUUCCUUAUGUCAUUGCUUAUGCUCCCACUGAACCGUUUCUUAUCGCAACCCGGAAGGUGAUUCGGCCUCUUGGAGGUGUGGAUGUAACCCCUGUAGUGUGGUUUGGGUUGGUUAGCUUCCUUAACGAGAUCUUGCUCGGGCCGCAAGGGCUUCUCGUCCUUAUCUCGCAACAGGUUAGCUAGUAUGCAUUG